AACAUCACUAUGCCAUCAACAACAGUUCCUGAUUGGUUCAACGAAUGCUGUAAAGGAGGGACAUUGUCUUUUCGGGCUCGUGGGCAUUUCCCUCAUGCUGCCUUUGCAUUUGAGUUGGGGAAAGCAAACACAAAUUCAAAACACUUUUUCCAUGUUUCUGUGAGCAUCAAUGGUCAUAAAACACAAAGGAGACAAGAUGCUGCAAAUUAUGGAACUAGGCAAGGCCAUCUGUUUUUAUUUGAUCUGAGAAUGGCUUUUGAGCCAGGAGAGUGGGAGAGGCUUGAUAGUUUACUGGAACUGGAUUGGAAUGAUGUGGAAAUAAAAGUCCUAUGUCUAAUCCCCCGCAAGAAAAAGAAAGUCACAAAGUUAACAGCAGAAAUGCCCGUAGUUAGUUGUGGAGUUUAUGUGUACAAACGGCAAACAAACAUGGAGAAUGUCCAGUUCGGGUCUUCUAUGCUUUCCUCGAAUGCUCCAACAACUUCAAUGAAACAAAGAGCGGUCACUUCUCCUCCUAAUGAACCACCCAAGAAGUUAUUGAGAAUGUUCAAGGUUGCUGAUAAAGGAAAACUCAAUAAUACAGAAACGGAUAAGGAGAAUUAAACGACACCAGAUUUGUCAUCCGUCUUGCAAAAAUAAAGUUGGUUUUUCCACUAGGUAAGUAUAUCUGUUUGGAGAGUUUUUG